AUGCGCUCAGCAGCGGGGCUGUUCUACACGGCCGUCUUUGCCUUUAUGGGCUUGGCCGACGCCGAAAGCCAUGGGACCAAAACAACUGACAUGGCCAACAAGUGCGCAAUCGAGCCCUCGGCUAUGGUAUCAGAUGCCUGUAUCUCCUAUGGCACCGUCAACAAACUCAACGACGAGAUCUACUCCCUCCUUCAGGGCCUCACCCAUGAAACCGACUUCUUUUCCUACUACCGAUUAAACCUCUUCAACAAAGAAUGCCCCUUCUGGAACGAUGCGAACAGCAUGUGUGGGAAUAUCGCCUGCUCUGUGAACACUAUCGAGUCCGAGGAAGAUAUCCCGCCUAUCUGGCGUGCGGAAGAGCUGAGCAAGCUGGAGGGUCCCAAGGCUAAGCACCCACCCCGCAAAGUUCAAGCUGAGCGUCCCAAGGAGCGUCCGCUUCAGGGAAAGCUUGGCGAGGGUGUCGGUGAGAGUUGCGUGGUCGAGUACGACGACGAGUGUGACGACCGUGACUACUGUGUCCCCGAGGACGAGGGCUCAGCGGGUAAAGGUGACUACGUGAGCUUGGUGGAUAACCCCGAGCGGUUCACGGGAUACUCCGGCGCUGGCGCACACAUGGUCUGGGACGCCAUCUACCGAGAGAACUGCUUCAUGAAGACCAUUGCCGAUCAGCUGGAGGACCAGUCGCUCAACGCGCCGAUAGGCGGGCUCCAGGCCUUUUCGGACUUCCGCGAUGUGAUCCAGAAGGAGGCACGUCUGGAAGGGUUGCCUUUGGAUAAUGAGUGUUUGGAGAAGCGAGUCUUCCACCGGCUCAUCAGCGGUAUGCACGCGUCCAUCUCGACGCAUCUCUGCUGGGACUACCUCAACCAGACGACCGGACAGUGGCACCCCAACAUGCAGUGCUUCAAGGAGCGCCUGUACGACCACCCGGAGCGAAUCUCCAACAUGUACUUCAACUACGCGCUUGUCUCGCGCGCCGUCGCCAAGUUGCGCAAGCACCUGCAAAGCUACACCUUUUGUACCAGCGACCCUGAACAGGAUGCCGACACCAAGGAGCGGGUCAACCAGCUCGCGGAGAUUCUGUCGCGGCCGCCUCAGAUCUUCGACGAGAACCUUAUGUUCCAAGAUCCCAGCGCAGUGGUCCUGAAGGAGGACUUCCGCAACCGCUUCCGCAACGUCAGCCGACUGAUGGACUGUGUGGGCUGCGACAAGUGCCGGCUCUGGGGCAAGGUGCAGGUCAACGGAUACGGGACCGCGCUGAAGGUGCUAUUCGAGUACGACGAGACCAAAAACGGCGAGAACCCACCCAUGCGCCGUACCGAGCUGGUGGCUCUGAUCAACACGCUCGGCCGUAUCUCGCACAGUCUGGCAGCCGCGCGCAGCUUCCACGAAGCGAUUGAGGCUGGUGAGGAAUACCCGGCACCUAUUCGAUUUAACGCGCCUGUGACAGGAGACCCAAUCGAAGCGAAGGAAAGAGAACAGAAACAGGCAACGAGGCGUUUAAGACGUGACGAAUCUGGCAAUAUCUACUGGGAAACGAUAGAUUCCGAAUUCGUCUACGGACGCGAGAAAAUGGACCGCUAUCCAUGGGAACACCCGCCACGAAAUGAAGACGCAACUUUUCUUGACGAUAUCAAGGCCGAGUUCGGCGUUGUAUGGGACACGACGGUGUAUGUCCUGAAGAGCUGGAUUGAUAUUCCGCGGACGCUCUUCGAAAUUUCUCUUUGGGAAGGCCAGCGUCUGUAUGCUUUCUGGCUCGGUCUGCCUAUGCCACCUCGCCCAUGGAAGCUCCAGGCUCCAGGGUCCAAGUCGGCCCCUCGCCCCCAGAGCCAGCACAGCGAACUGUGA